AUUGACUUUAUUAUGUAUUCAGUGUUUGGUGGUAGAGUGUUUCUAAAGUCUCCCAGUUGUGAUUUACUCUCUUCCGGCUGUGUACGUCACAAGAUCCCCCACCCUCUUCCUCCUCGUCCUCUUCCUCCUCGCUCCAGCCUCCCAUCCCUCCUCCCUAUCCAUCCAUCCAUCCAGCCGGUGCUCCGUGCGCCACAGCGCGGCCAUGGUGGACUCUCCCGGCGAGGCCACAACGACGACAGCGAGGAAGCCUUUCUCCGUGCCGGAGAUCACACCUCUGGACCGGUGUGACUUCAGCAGGGCGAGGAUCCGAGCGAGCGUGCGGUGGCUGCUGUGCAAGUCUUACGGAUGUGCAGAGAAUGUCCCAGUGGAGUUACGGGAACCGCUCUACAAGGACAAGUAUGAACAAGAACACCUCAAGCCAGCCAUCUCCAAACUGCUCGUCUCCCCUGAGUUCUACUGCCGAGUUCAGGCCCUGCUGGCCCAGGGUCAGGGUGCCACCGUGUCGGCAUCACAGGACUCCCCGGCUGACAACUCUGCCCUGCUGCAGUUCCUCACAAAGAAAGGGGUCGCUCCGAAAGUCCAGGAUGUGGAUAUCACCGAGAAUGACCUCUGCCAUGUCCCCAUCAAGAUGAAAGCCCACCUUGCCAUGAUCGACUCUCUGAUGUCACUGGCUGCCAGAGAGGUAGUGGGCAGGGUCAAAAUGGCGGUGGAGGCAGAGCAGAUGGGCGUCGGGGCGCCGUGGGAGAACGCACUGCUCUUUUGGGUCAACAGGCUGAACCAGAAGCUGAGAGAGAGUACAGAAGAAGAGGAGCCGGCCAAGUCUCAGCCAUGUACUGAUCAACAACCUUCUCAGGAAACGGGCCCAUCCACCCGCUGGUACUGGAAGCUAGUCCCCCAUGCUAUCGCUUUUUGUUUGAAGGAGUCGGGGAACAAACCACCAGUGAUCCGAUACAGGAAGGACAAAGUGCAGUCUAAAUUGACUCCCACCUUCCCGUUGGUCACUGCGGUCAAAGACCUAUCUAAUGGCUGUGCGAUAGCUGCUGUGUUGCACUUCUACUGCCCUAACGUGCUGCCUCUGGAGGAUGUUUGUCUAAAGGACACCAUGUCAGUGGCGGACAGUCUUUACAACCUUCAGCUGAUUAAAGAUUUUUGUGAGAAUAGUUUGCAGAGCUGCUGCCUUCUUCUCCUGGAGGACCUUCUCUAUGCGCCACCUCUCCUGCAUCUGAACAUCAUGAGCUUCGUCGCCGAACUGCUGGAGUGGUUUGAAAUCAAGAAGCCAGAUUUUGUUCAACCACUACAAGCUGUCGACCUUACAGAUGUCUCAGGUUUAGUUUUCUGUACCAGUCCUGUCAGCGGGAACAGCAACAGUGGUUCCCCCUCAUUCAUCUUCAAACAACCGUUUGUGCCCAUCUCUUCUCCGUUAUCACCAGAAAACAAAAGUUGGACCAAGAAACAGAUCAGUCGUCCUCUGUCAGCAGUGACUUUCAGCAUCCCAUUUGGGCUGGACAGUGAUGUUGAUAUUGUCAUGGGCAACCCAAUAGAUUCUGUCUUUCGCUCUGUCAGCACGGACAGCCUCAGCGCCGCCAUCCCCGCAACAACGGCAUGCGUUCCGUACAGCCCCACCGAGGACCUCAGCCACCUGGUCAGCGCCUCAGCACCAUCGCUGCAUUCUUCCUGGGCGCCGCUGGGAGAGCUGCCCACCAUCGAGGAGGCGCUGCAGGUGGCUCCUGCUCCUGGCACCAAAGGUCGAAAGAAAGGGAGGACUACAGAGAAAGGUGGUAAGGGAGUGUUGGCAACAAGACCAGAGCCCAGGUUGUGUCCCGAGGGUGCCCCUGCUGGUUUCUUCCUGCAUUCCCCGAUGGAGGACAAUCCACAGCUAAGUAGCUCCGCCCCCUGCUGUUCAGGAGUUGUGUAUCGGCCGGUCAGUGGUGAGGCUAAUGGCGGUGUGAGCAAGGAGAGGUCACCACGAGCCACUCAUAUGUCACGUGAUGAUGACUCUGUACUGCGAGACGGCAGCGUAGACUCAUCUGAAGCAUCUGACGACAUCCCCCGAAACGCCCCUGGUAAUAUUCGGCCCAGCAAAGGUCACCACAGUGCCAGCAGCAGCCCACGCAUGACAAGCUUCGCAGAGCGACGAGACAGCAGAAGAAGACACCCAGUAACCACUGGGGAUGACUUGGCCACUACCCCAACAACCCCAGGGACACCACAGACACCCUGCACUCCAGGCCUGGGCCCUAGAGGUACUGAACCGGGUUCAGAGGCCUGGGAGCUAGGUGCUCGUCUGGAGGAAAAACGCAAAAGUAUCGAAGCCCAAAAGAGACGAAUUGAAGCCAUCUUCGCCAAGCACAGACAAAGACUCGGAAAAACAGCUUUUCUUAAAAUAAAACGAGAGCAAGGAGAGGGAGGAGGAGAGGGAAUGGAGGAGGACAAUCUCACCCUGGAGGAGCGCCUCACUCGAAUGGAGGAGCAGCUGAAAAAGGAGGAAGACAAGGAAAAGACAGACAACAAAGCAGACAAGGAGAAAGCCAAGCCAUCUGUCUCAAACCCACCUCGGCUGGAGAAGCAGGUGACAUUUUCUAUUGACAGCAAAGGUGAAGCGAAAGAGAAAGGAGGAGAAGCCAUCCUUGUGGAGUACAAUGAAGUAGUUCAGAAACUGAGUGAAGCUUUGCAGUCCCUCCAGACGGACAUGCAGAAGCUAACGGAACAGCAGCAGCAACUUCUGGGCAACCAGAGACCCAGAAGCUCAUACAAAGCCACUCCCAAGUCAAAACCUAAAAGUAACUCCAAGGCACCGACGAAGAACCCUCCCCACACCCCUACAAAGACACCACCAAGAACGCCCACCAAAAGUCCUAACAUGAGCACCAGCAAAGCCUGGAUGAUACCAACUGUCCCCAAUCCUUCCUCUGUCUCCUCGCCAUCCCGCCGAACUCAUGCUCCUUCGGCAUCAACCUCCCCGAAAACAGUCAUCUCCUCCUCCGUUCCUGUCUCUCGUACCAAGAUCCACUCCUCGUCUACGCCACGCAGUCCCAAACAUCAAUCACGCCCCCAACCUCACCCACGACCCUCGGAGCUCAAGUUCCCGCCUCUUAAUCGUGUCUUGACGCCCACUCACAAUGUGGACACCCUCCCCCAUCUGCGAAGAGUGUCGCCCAGCAAGUGUCAAGUGCAGACCACAUCGUCAUUCCGCAUUGGCGGGCCUCGAACGCCUCAGGAGUCCCCCCAGCCAGCGCCACCACCUGAUGAGAGCACGUCAGACACUGGAUCCAGCGAGACACCCACCCAGUUCAGCCUGGAACUUGAGCAGGAGGACAUUGAGGUGACCGAAGCCCAUAAGGCCUUGAUGGUGUCCAUGCUUCCUCAACCAAGGGUUGGCAGCAGCUCUGGAGCUCCGUCUGAAUGCUCCUUUGAGAGUGAAACAUUGUCCAUUUCUGCUGCAUACACCACGGGAAGAGAUGGAGGGAGGGCUGGCGGCGCAGGGAUCGAGGCGUCACUCUCCUCCCUUGGAGGACCACAAGGGGGCAGCGAUGAGCAAACAGAUGAGGGGCAGGACUUUUCUUCUGAUUCCAUGAGUGACCGGGUAGAAUGCGCUCUGGAGCCUGCCAUUGUUCUUGCUUCAGAUGCCACAGAACAGCUGGAUUUGGCCACAGAAGCUGGGAACUCUUCUGACCAACAAACUGAAUCCAGUGAAGACCAGGCAAAAGGGUUCCCAGUAGAACAACCAGGAGAAAACGAGCUUGGAGCUAAAGGAGGCAUAGGAUUCUUCUUUAAGGAGGAUGUGCAAAACGAAGGCGAGAUGGCUCAACGCAAAGCUCUACUUCUAGAGAGGCAGCAGAAGAGAGCAGAGGAGCUGAAGAGGAGGAGACAGUGUCAAGAACAAGAACGAGAAAAAAGACCAUCUUCUGACAAGACAGCCUCCCCCUCCAAUUCACCUGCGGUUGGAACCAUCUCAUCUUCCCCGACCCCUCCGGCGACUCCAGCCCGCCGUGGGGAUUUCACACGUGCCGAAUAUGCACGCCGCCAACAGCUGAGGCUCAUGGACGACCUGGACAAGGUUCUACAGCAGAAACCCACCAGUCAAGGUCGAUCGCCUGUCAGGAAGACACGAGCGCGUCCUCGCAGUGUGACCAGGGAGGAGACACAGUUGUCUCUUAGCCCCGCUAAGAAAUCCACCGCCUCCAAGAUGACUAAAUCUCACUCGUCACUCAACCUGGCAGCUACAGAUGGAAACGACAGCGACAAGAAAGUCCAUAGCCGACCUGAUUCGCCUUCUGGAUGUGUUAUACCGAGUCGGUUGGCCAAGCAGGAUGGAGACUGUGAAACUGGUUCCAAUGGAACCUCGCCUGCUCUGGAAUACACAGGUCCAAAGCUCUUCAAAGAACCAAGCUUCAAGUCCAACAAGUUCAUCAUCCAUAAUGCUCUGUCUCGCUGCUGCCUGGCUGGGAAGGUCAAUGAGAGCCAAAAGAAUAAGAUAGUGGAGGAGAUGGAGAAGAGCCCUGCCAACCACUUCCUUAUCCUAUUGCGCGACUCCAGCUGCCAGUUCAGAGGCGUCUACACCACCAACCCUGACUCCCAGGAGCUUGUGCGAUUGGCUGGCGUGGGACCCAGGACAAUAAGCUCCGCCCAGGUAGAGUCCAUGUACAAAUACAGCUCGGAUAGGAAGCAGUUCAGUGCCAUCCCCUCUAAGACCAUGGGUAUGAGCGUGGACGCCUUUACCAUCCCCGGCCAUCUGUGGCAUGGAGGUGGGGCAGCGGGUGGAGGUGGGGGCAGCAGGAGGGCAAGCCUCACCAAGAAGGCGCUCGUUUCCAAGUGAUGGAUUUUACAUUAAGUUGUUGCUUAGGUGGGAUUUAACCCCGCCUUAUCCCUUCUUCUUCCAUGGAUUAUCGGCAGAAGACAUGAAUCAAUUUCACAGGAUGUCUCUUACAACAUUUUUUUAACCCACCCAUCUUUCAGGGGUUGUCAGUGCAAGAUCCCAAUUCAUUUUGAAGGAAACAAUGAUGGCUGAGGCAUGUGAGGUCAAAAAUUAAAGAAAUGCACCUUUCUUCUUUAGGGCAUUUAAAGUUUUCCCCACAUACCUCAAGAGCCCUAUUGAUUUUGAAUGGUGCCGGACAAUUGAGGUAAUAUUUUCAACUGGACCCAAGCUGACUGGGAAGAAAAGAUAAGGUCAGAUGGAUGGAUGUUGAUGAUCUUCAAACUUUGAGGUAGUUUAAAGUCAAGAGGAGAGCUCCUGAUCCUGACAGAUAACUCCUCCAAACCUUCAGUAAUUGCUUAUGUUGGAUCAGGAAUGGUAAUAAAAAAGGUUGUCAUUGAUGUGCAUGAAAAUAUCCACAUUUUUUCAUUUCUUAUACAGUAAAAAAACUUUAGUCAAAAUGGCCACAGUCCAAUAACAAGAUAAGUGCAUCCACUGGUUCCACAGUUUCUUCAGUAGAAUGUCACUUUUAUACAUGCUUACAAACUGUCAGGACAUUCAUUUUGUAAAGCAUCCUAUCUCGAAUGAUGUGUCAUAAUGAUACAGAUUGUCAAUGAAUGAUUAUUUACUGUGGGUGAGAACCGAUAUGUACGUAGUUUCCUGGUUGCGAAAUGAUCCCGACAUGCAAAUGAAGCUGAUUUUUUUUUUACUGUACACAAAAUAACUGAAGAUUACUAACUGAGGGUGUCUAUCAUGGUGCUCUAUUUAAGAGUGCAUGUGAAUAAAGAUGGUGCUUUAAAACCAACAUUCAUGUGUGGUAACAACUACUGUACUGUAUAACCAAGUUGAACAUUUUAUUAUUAAAAAAGCAUACACUCUUGCUCAUGGGAAGCAUCUGGACAGUUGAUAUUUUUUUUGAGUAGUGUUCCCUUGCUGUUUGGCGGAUUUGCUUUUGUUUUUUUGAAAUUACAGCUUAUUGAUGCGGUUACAGGCCGAGCCUCGCCCUUUAAAGGGGACCUGCACACUUUUUUUGUAAUUUUUCCCAUCAUUCAGAAUCCUUAUGUGAAUCAUGAACACAUAUUUCUUUCCCUUUUAAAAUUUCAGCUAGCUUACAAAGCUGUCGUAUACACCUAUUUCGACUAUGAAGCCCUCAUAAA